GCCACUGCUCCUUUUGGGCUGCAGAUAAGCUGGGGCCAGUGUUUUCUUUCGCCUUUUGUGCUGCCAGUUCCACUGCAGGCAGCUGUGAGAGGGCCGCGGGCGAGCCAGGAAGCCACGACAUGAAUGCAGUGACCUAUGAUGAUGUGCAUGUUGACUUCACUUGGGAAGAGUGGACAUUGCUGGAUCCUUCCCAGAGGAAUCUCUACAAAGAUGUGAUGCUGGACACCUACCAUAACCUCAGUAUCAUAGAAUACAGUUGGGAAGACCAUAAUAUUGAAGAACGUUUUCAAAAUUCCAGAAGACAAGAAAGGCCUGAACGAAAUCAUACUGGAGAGAAACCUUCUGUAUGUAGUCAGUAUGUUAAAGUCUUUGCUUAUGACAGACAUCUUCAAAGGCAUGAAAGCACACAUUUUGGAGAGAAACUGUAUGAAGUUAGUCUAUGUGGUAGAGCCUGUGAACGUGAUAGAGAUCUUCAAAUGAAGGAAAGAGCACAGACUGAAGAGAAACCUUAUGCAUAUAAUCCAUGCGGUGGAGCCUUUACUCCCCACAGUCAUCUCCGAAGGCAUGAAAGAACAAAAACUGAAGAGAAGCCCUAUGGAUGUGAUCAAUGUGGUAAAGCCUUUGCACAUCCUAGAAAUCUUCAAAUGCAUAAAAAAACACAUAGUGGAGAGAAACCCUAUAGAUGUGAUCAGUGUAGUAAAGCCUUUCCAUAUCAUACAAAACUUCAGAUACAUAAAAGAACACAUACAGGGGAGAAACCCUAUGGAUGUGAUCAGUGUGGUAAAGCCUUUGCAUAUCAUAGUAAUCUUCACGUACAUAAAAGAAUACAUACUGGAGAGAAGCCCUAUAGAUGUGAUCAAUGUGGUAAAGCCUUUGCACAUCGUAGAAAUCUUGAAGUACAUAAAAGAACACAUACUGGAGAGAAACCAUAUGAAUGUAAUCAAUGUGGUAAAUCUUUUGCUUAUCACAAUACUUUUCAUAUGCAUAAAAGAACACAUACCGGAGAGAAACCAUAUGACUGUAAUCAAUGUGGUAAAGCCUUUACAAGUUACGGUAGUCUUCAAAGACAUACAAGAAUACAUACUGGAGAGAAACCCUAUGAAUGUAACCAAUGUGAAAAAGCAUUUGCUGAUUUCAAAUCUUUUCAAAUUCAUAAAAGAAGCCAUACUGGAGAGAAACCAUAUGAAUGCAAUCAGUGUGGUAAAGCCUUUACACAACACACUAAUCUUCAAACGCAUAGAAGAAGACAUACUGGAGAGAAACCCUAUGAAUGUAGUCAAUGUGGUAAAGCUUUUGCAUGUCACAGUAGUCUUCAGAUACAUAAAAGAACACAUACUGGGGAAAAACCCUAUGAAUGCAAUCAGUGUGCUAAAACCUUUGCACAAAUUAGUCACCUCCAAACACACAAAAGAACACAUACUGGAGAGAAACCCUAUGAAUGUAAUCAGUGUGGUAAAGCCUUCACUUCUCACAAUGCUCUUCAAAUGCAUAAAAGAACACAUACUGGAGAGAAACCCUAUGAAUGUAAUCAAUGUGGUAAAGCCUUUACACAACACACUAAUCUUCAAAUACACAGAAGAAGACAUACAGGAGAGAAACCCUAUUAAUAUAAUCAAUAUCAUAAAGCCUUUGAAUGUCACAGUAAUCUUCAAAUGUGUACAAGAACACAUACUGGAGAGAAACCCUAUGAGUGUAAACAAGUGGUAAGGCAUUUCCUCACCAUAAUGGUCUUCAGCUACAUGAGGGAACACAUACUGAAGAGAAACCCUAUGAAUCAGUGUUGUAAAGCCUUUGCAUUGAUCAACAGUCUUUGAACUUAUCAGAAAAAGAUGUACUGCGGAUAAACCCUAAAUAUAUAGUCAGUGUGGCAAAAUUUUGCAGUUUAUACAGGAGUAAACCUGUUUGUGUGCCUUUUUUUAUUAAAGCCUUUUUUAUUGCAAUAGUAUUUGAGUGCCUAUAAAAUAUUCUGAGAGCAUAUUAUCUGUAAAGAAUUUGGUAAGCUCUCUAUCCAACACACAUUCUUACAUGAAAGAGCAUUUACUCUGGAAAAAUUUGACAGUGUCACCCAUCUGUUCAAGAUUUAUGAUGUCCGUUUUUAUAUUGUUUGCCUCUGCAAAUGAUGGGGGAAAAAUCAGUUUAAGAAUUUAUGAAGCCCUAUGUGUAGGGAAAAUGUUUGAACCAAAAAACAUACCCUCAGGGGCUGGAGAGAUGGCUCAAUGGUAAGAGCACUGACUGCUCUUCCAGAGGUCGUGAGUUCAGUUCCCAGCAACCACAUGAUGGCUCACAACCAUCUGUAAUGAGAUCUGG